CCUUAUUCAUAAUUACUUGCGAGAGAUCCCAUGCUCAAUCAGACCGUGGUUUGGUUUAUUUAAUGAAGCUUUCCUAACUUCUUCUGGAACUUGCUUUGUCUUUGGUUGGCAUGAUGAAUGAAUGUUGCUUGUCGGCCGAUGAACGAGAAGCUCGAAGAAUCAGUCAAGAUAUCGAGAGACAGCUCCAGUCCGCCAAAAAAGAAAAGCAGCACCAGCUGAAGCUGCUACUGUUAGGUACAGGCGAGAGUGGAAAAAGCACCUUCAUCAAGCAGAUGAGGAUCAUCCAUGGGAAAGGCUACUCAGAGGAUGACAGGAGGACUUUUACCAGGUCUAUUUCCCAGAAUAUAUUCGUCGCAGUGCAAGCCAUGAUUGAAGCCAUGAAAACACUUAAGAUUCCGUUCACAGAUGACAAAAAUACGGCUUAUGCUGCAAUGCUGCAUAAAGUGAAUCCAGAUAAUAUGAGCACCAUAGAUAAGCAAUAUGCCGAUGCUAUAAGCAGCAUGUGGCGAGAUCCCAGCAUGCAGCAGUGCUACGAGCGCCGGAGAGAGUACCAGCUCUCUGAUUCAGCCAAAUAUUACCUGGAUGAUCUGGCACGAAUAUCCACUCCCCUUUACGUGCCCUCUGAGCAGGAUAUUCUCCGUGUCCGAGUUCGCACCACUGGAGUCAUAGAGUACCCCUUUACAAUUAACCAUGUUGUAUUCAGGAUGGUUGAUGUAGGCGGUCAGCGCUCAGAGAGGAGGAAAUGGAUCCACUGUUUCGAGGAUGUGACGUCUAUCAUUUUCCUGGUGGCACUAAACGAGUAUGACCAGGUCCUGUUUGAGAACCCUAAUGAGAAUCGUAUGGAAGAGAGUAAAGCACUCUUUAAGACCAUCAUCAAUUACCCAGUGUUCCAAAGGACUUCCAUGAUCAUCUUUUUCAACAAGACAGAUCUCCUUCGAGAGAAAAUCUCCAAGUCCCACCUUGCAGACUACUAUCCUAACUACAAAGGUCCCAAGAAUGAUCCAGAUGCAGCCAUGAAGUUCAUCCUCAAAAUGUAUGAAGCUCUGAACACAGACGCUUGUAGACGCCUUUACUCGCAUUUCACUUGUGCCACAGACACAGAAAAUAUCCGUUUAAUCUUUUCGGCUGUAAGAGACACCAUAAUGAGGAACAACUUUGACGAUUUCAAUUUGACGUAGGACAGCUACAUCUUUUAUUUUGGUAUUAUAGAUAUUUAUUUAAUACUUUUAUAAAUAUUUCAUAUGUGCAAAUGUUACAUUUUUUUCCCAUGUCAUUUGUUUUGCAUGAUUUUGGUUGUGUUUGAUAUGUGGCCACAUGAAGGCAUAUUCUAACAUGGUGAAUUACAUCUUCACUUUAAAAUAUAUUCAACAUUCAAACCCUAAUGAAACUCUUAUUAUAAUCCCUGAGUUUAGGUGUGGCAUUAAUAACAUACCCUGCAUAGCGUAUCUCAAUUGUUAUGAAAAAUGUUACCAAAUAAAGAAUAUUUACUCUUAAAGACACCAUUAAAUCCCCCCCAAAAAUAUGCAACCACAUGGCGUUAUUACCAUUCUGUCAUUUAACAUUAAACAUAUUCUUUGCUGUACUUUAGAAUGGGUCCACUAGGUGGCAGCACUGUAUUUGGAUAUGUUUACUAUUAACAAGGUCACAGAUUCUUAUUUUUUUAAAUGUCUGCAAUAUAUUAACAGAUUAUUAUCCCUAUUUGUAGUAUACCGAAAAUUAUUUAAUGAAAUCGUGCACCAGAGUGUAAUUAACAGUAUAAGAUUACAUGGAAUUUUAUAAAAAUCUGUUACAAUAACUAAUAAUCAGAAAGGCACUACACAUGUGCAUUGCAAAUGCAGUAUGCAUUCCUGCCUGAAUAUUUCUGAAGCAUUUAUUAUUAAAUUUCCCAACAAUAAUUACAGCAUUGUCUCUGUAAAAAAAAAAAGGCUCAGCCAACCAAUUAUGAUUUAGCAAGGUGCCGAGCCAUUCGUUAGCUUAAGGAGUUGACUCUAAAGGUUCUUUCCUGUCCUCAUGUGGGUGUGUGAGAAUUUGCCCAAGAAAUGGCUAUGUAUCGACCCUGGCAGGGAAUCGAACCCGGACCCUUGAGUUGCAAGGCACCAGUGCUAACCACUAAACCACUGUGCCUCACUCCAUAAGAAUUCGUAAAAUUGAGAUGGAAAUUUUAAGCUCCUGUUGUGUCCAUCUGAUGACUCUAUCAACAUUCUCUUUAAAGAUCAUUAGAAGCAACUAAACCAUAUCCUUUGUGCUGCUAGAGUGGGUUAGUAUUUAAGUUAUUUAUAGCGAUGGUUUAAAAAUCCAUGACUUAAAGCAGUACUUUAGCUUACUAGCCACACCAUCUUACUUUUCUAGAGUUGUUUGCUAAUUAAUUGACCAACUGACCCAACUAUGUGUUUUGCCAUUGGAAAAAUAAAGUAAACUGCCUCAGUAAACUGUUAUAAUAUUGGACAUUGUGCUGUAUUAGAGGUAUUGGACCACCACUGGAAUGAUCAAAAGAUUUUUUUCUGGCAACCUCCGGUUUAAAUAAAGCCAGUCUGAUAAAAUCCAACAUGUGAUUUAUUUGAAAUUAUACUGUAUAUAUGUAGAUAUACUUAGACAAAUAUACUGCCUUUUUUUUUCUAAAAGAACAAGAAAUGCUGCUGUCGGUUUAAAGUCACCUCUGUCUCAUUAAAUUGUAAAUAUUGCAUGUUUGUGAAUGUACAGUAAUGCACAGUAAGUAGUAAGUGUUUUAUAACACUUAUAAAUAUGCCUACAUUUUGACACUUCACUAAA